AGUCAAUGAAUCAAGUAGAAGCUGUGAAGAGUCAAACGAAUCAAGUGGAAGCUGUGAAGAGUCAAACGAAUCAAGUGAAAGCUGUGAAGAGUCAAAUGAAUUAAAUAGAAACCAUGAAGAGUCAAAUGAAUUAGAUAGAGACUAUGAAGAGUUGAAUGAAUUGGAUAGAGACUAUGAAGAGUCAAAUGAAUUGGAUAGAGACUAUGAAGAGUCAAAUGAAUUUGUUGGAAUUUGUGAUGAUAGUGAAAGGUCUGGUCAAUUUUAUUGUGAAAACGAUCUUAUUCUAGAUUUUAGUGAUGAAAAUUUUGAUGAGUAUUAUAAUAAUUCUGAAGUAGAAAACUAUUCUAAUUCCUGGCUUUAA